CACACACACGCACGCACGCACACACACACACGUACCGACUCCGCUCCGGGCAGGAGCUCCCCGCCGGAGUCAUAUUUAAAUUUUUCCGUUCCUGUUCGGCGACAUUCGCCGCACAGAGGCGCAGAGCGCGCGUCAAGGGAGAGAGAGCAGCGGAGAGAGCGAUUGCGAUUGCGAGAGCGAGAGCGGGAUCUAUUGGCAUGCAUUUGUUGGCUGGCAAAACAAGAAAUGGGCUAAGAAUCACCGCAGACACAGCAGCCGAACGGGGACCGAACCGCAUUCCAGCGCCUGGCUGCGCAGUCGAAGAGCAAAAGAGUGGAGCCCCAGCUGCGGUCGUGGGGCCUUUUCAUUGUCAGUCCGCGUCGAGAUCUUCAGCGGGCAGGUUGGAAAUUUUAGCGAGAGAGCAGAAGACAGCAGAGCAGAAGACAAAGCAUCUUUUGACGCGCGUGUGUGUGAAUGUGUGUGCGAGUGGGAAUAUUUUAUAGUGAACUUUCAUCAGCUGCAGCCCCGCGGGUCGCCCUCUGCCCAAAAACGAAUAUGUAAAUGAGAGAAAAGGGACCAGACAAAAACAACAACAAGUGGCCGAAGAAAGUGCGAAAGCGGCUGCCAAACCGGUUUUCGAUGGCAAACGUGGCAAUGCCUCAGCAGCAGAGGAAGAUAUGAACAAACAAAACACAAUUAACGUGGAUUAUCUCACGUGUGGUAAUCGGUUGCGAUAAUUGUACGUGUAAAAAGUGAAAGUGAAAGACAGACAGACAGACAGUACGUACGCAAAGCAGCGAGGAGCAGUCCGCGGUUCGUUCUCUCACGCCACGCUAUAAUAGGAAUACCAGCCAUGUACAACAACAACAAUGAUGGCGGUGGCGGUGGCAGCGCCAACGGCAACACCAUGCAGCAGCGCCGCAAGACAACGACACGCUCCAGAUCAAAGCAGCAGCAGCAACAACAAUGCACCAGCGAAAACGUAAUCGAAAAAAAUCAAACGAACGGCGCACAAAACGAAAGACUUCACUUUCGCGGAAGCAGCAAAGACUCGGCGCUGUCGACGCCGCUGCUGCCGCGCAGCCGUUCAACAACCUCAGCCAUCAACUCACCUUCCCCACUGUGCUGUAACGGUGGUUUGUCCAUACUCAACUGCUGCCGCGAUGUCAACUGCCACCUGAAUGCACCUUUGCGCGGCAGCGUGGAGUCGUCGCGCAGUCGGCGUUCCGAGAGCCGGCAAUCGUCACUAACAGCGACGCCGACGACAACGCCAAAGCAAGCUUCACCUUCGCCUACGAUCUCCGAACGUUCACGAUCUUGUUCUGGAUCCCGCUCCCGUUCGUGCUCUUGCGACGGUCGCCUUGUAGAUUGCCAUAAACACAGCGCUGCGGCAGCAGCUGCGUCUACAGCCGCACCGCAGUUUACCGUUAACCUGAGCAUCGAUCUCUUCAGUUGGACUCUCUUUCUGCUGGCAUUCUGCACGCGCUUUUAUAAGCUAGCAACGCCACCCCACAUUGUCUUCGAUGAACUGCACUACGGAAAGUACAUCGCCCACUACAUGCGCAACAUUUUCUUCUUCGAUCAGCACCCGCCCCUCGGGAAACAGCUGAUCGCUGGCCUCGUCAGCCUAGCCGGAUACGAUGGCAACUACACAUUCUCUAGGAUCGGGGCCGCGUACGCGCCGGACGUGCCCAUCUUCUGGUUCCGCUUUAUACCCGCACUGUGCGGCAGCCUCCUGGCCCCCGCCGUCUACAGGCUACUGCUGGAGGCCAGGCUUCAUCGCUGGGCAGCAGCACUGGGCGGCCUUCUCGUCGUCCUGGACAACUCUUUGCUGACCCAGUCGCGGUUCGUGCUCAUGGAAUCGAUGCUGCUGCUGGCCAGCACGCUCGGGAUCGCCUGUCUGCUCCGCUUCCAGCGCUGUCGCUUGGGCAGCCUCCAGUGGCUGUGCAAUGGAUCUGCGGCAGGCGUGCUCCUGGCUUGUGCGGGCGCCGUUAAGUAUAUCGGCUUCCUGGCCCUGGCUCUGGCCGGGUAUCUGCUCUGCCGCCACCUGUGGCAACUCCUGUACGACGCGAGCCUAACGAAUCGCCAGCUCUGGAUGCACGCCCUGAGUCGGCUUCUGCUCUUCGUGGGCAUUCCCAUAGCCGUGUAUAUAGGGGUAUUCUAUGUCCACUUCCGGACGCUGCACCGGGCAGGCCCUCAUGAUAGCAUUAUGACCAGUGCCUUUCAGGCGUCGCUGGAGGGCGGCCUGGCCUCGAUCACCAGUGGCCAGCCGCUGGCUGUGGUCCACGGUUCGCAGAUAACGCUGCGACACACCCACGGACGCACUUGCUGGCUGCACUCCCACGCUGCAGUCUACCCGGUGCGGUACAAGGACAAGAGAGGCUCCUCCCACCAGCAGCAGGUCACAUGCUACUCAUUCAAGGACGUGAACAACUGGUGGAUCGUGAAGCGGCCGGAGCGGGACGACCUGGUGGUGGGGGAACAGCCAGACGUCAUACAGCACGGCGACGUCAUCCAACUAGUGCACGGAAUCACCAGUAGGGCAUUAAACUCGCACGACGUCGCUGCUCCGAUGACGCCCCAGUGCCAGGAGGUCAGCUGCUACAUUGACUACGAAAUCAAGAUGGCCGGAGAGCUGCUGUGGCGCGUGGAGAUUCUCAAUCGGAACUCUGAGGGCGACAGCUGGCAUGCCAUCAAAUCGGAGAUACGUCUCGUCCACGAGUCGACGGGCGCUGCCCUGAAGUUCAGCGGACGCCAGCUGCCGGACUGGGGCUUCAACCAGCACGAGGUAGUGGCCGAUCGGGAUCAGGUGCACGAAGACGCCAUUUGGAAUGUUGAGGAGCAUCGCUACACCAAGACUCAGGAUCAGCGGGAACGAGAGCGUCAGUUGCUCUCCGCCGAGAUGAUACCCACGAAGCGGACAAAGCUCUCGUUCUGGGCCAAACUCCUGGAGCUGCAGACGAAGAUGUUCUGGCACGGCAAGCACCUGCAGGCGCACAUGUACAGCUCGCUGCCGCACGAGUGGCCGCUGAUGGACAAGGGCAUUGCCUACUGGCUGGACUCGCAGUCCAGUGCCCAGAUUUAUCUCCUGGGCAACGUACUCAUUUGGUACACGGCCAGUGCCGGGAUACUGGUAUACGCCACCCUCCUGGCCUUCUAUGCGGUGCGUAGGAGACGGCUCUGCUUCGACGUCUCCCAGCACGAGUGGCAGCGCUUCCUCAUGGCUGGCGACACCUUCUUCGUGGGCUAUAUGAUGCACUAUCUGCCGUACUAUUUUGUGGACCGCACUCUCUUUCUGCACAACUAUCUGCCCGCCUUUGUCUUCAAGCUGCUGUUGCUGUGCUUUGUCGUGGAGCAUCUGGACUACCUUUUGCGCCGACACUGCUCUGGCCGAGGAGUGCACCUGGUGCGCGUCUAUCGCUUGGCGCUGCUCCUCUGGCUGCUCGCCGUCGGCAGUGUGUUUGUCAAGUUCUUGCCGCUCAGCUACGGAGCAAGAAAGAUGACCAUAGAGGAGGUCAGACGCCUGCGCUGGAAGGACACCUGGGACUUUAUAUUGCAAAAGAACUAUGCGCUGAACUGAAACAGUACCUUUGGCCAGACUGCAGGUGCAAUAGACCCCCCUCCAAAUGUAACAUAGAGACUUAAGAUUCUGAGCUAAAACGUAGCUAAAGUUUAUCUAGUAAUAAGCUAUCUUCCAUAGAUGCCACGCCUUCCGUAUGUGCAGCCGAUUAAAUGCAUUAUUUAUUUAUUUAAACCAGAAA